AUGCUUUUUAAGCAAGUAACUCAGUCUAAUAGAAUCAAUCUUCUUUUUACUUUAGCUAUUACUGCUAUUGCAAUUGCAGCGGCUGCGGCGGCCAUACUACGCACUCUUACUUUCGAAGCUUCGCCCUUUCCUUUAGACCUUUUUAUUAAGCGCUUGCUUAUGCUAACGACCGUCAAAGUCUUAAACAACUGCAUCGCUGCUUUUGCCGCUGCUAACAUCGCUUUCGAUAACUUCCUCGCUUUAGAUGCUGCCCUUUUAAGAAGUGCUGCUAGUAGUCCGGGCGGUCUAGCGAAUAGAAGUAGAAGUUUUAAAACCUUUAUUAAAUUGAAUAGUCUUAUAGUAGCAAACCGUAGUCCGGUAACGCAAAGCGCUUCGAGCAUAUUACCUUUUCCAGCUCUUGCGCUUGCCGCUUUUAUUGCUCCCGUCGCUUUCGUUGCACUUAUUAUCGUCGCUCCUUUUGCGCUAAUCGUUGCGCUUGCUGCUCUUACGGCAGCGCUCGCCGUUGCUAUAACUCUUGCGGAGCGCCGAGCUAAAGUAAAGAGAUUGCUAAGAGCUCUAAUCGAUCUUUUGUUAUAA